AUGGCUAGAAGUUCCUUGAGCGUGACCUUUAUUUUAUUAAUAUGCUCCUUCUACAGCAGCCUAGCAUUUUCAUUUUCAGUUUUCAUGAGACCAGAAGAGGCAAACCAGGUCCUGAGGAUUCAUAAACGUGCCAACCAAUUCUUAGAGGAAAUUCGCCCAGGAGAUCUGGAGAGAGAAUGCUUUGAAGAAAAGUGCUCUUUUGAGGAGGCAAAAGAGAUUUUCAAAUCGCAGGAGAAAACAAUGGAGUUCUGGUUUGAUUACAAAGAUUUAAACCCCUGCAAAGAGAAUCCCUGUAAGAACGGUGGAGUCUGCAAAGUGAAGUUCUACCAAGUUUCCUGCAUUUGCCCUCCAAGAUUUGCAGGGAAUGAGUGUGACAUAGAGAAGUCAGAAUGCUGGUACAAGAAUGGCGACUGUGGGCAAUACUGCCAAGAUAAUGAACAGUCUCUUCAUGUGACCUGCUCCUGUGCUUUGGGUUAUAUACUAAGUGAAGAUGGAAAACGGUGCAUACCAACAGAUCACUUUCCCUGUGGGUUGGCUAAAGGAUCUACACGUUCUUAUGAAGAAGGAUCUGAAGAAGGAUAUUUUGGGCACAACCAAACUAAUGCUUGGACUAGGGAUGGAAUGAACCAAACAUUGUCUCAGGAGAACAUGACCAGUUGGAAUCAGACAUUAAUUCAGGCCAUGGUAGAAUUGAAUCAGACUGCAAUAGAAGGAGAGAAUGAGGAAGAUGACCUUAAAGAGACUGAAAGGAACCUCACAGAAGUGGAUCAACACAGUUGGCUAAACAUAAAUUACUCUGAUGAAGAUGGCGACUCAAGGAUAAUUGGAGGCUCCUUCUGCCGCCCAGGAGACUGUCCCUGGCAGGUACUGAUCCAAAAUAAGAGAGGCUAUGGCUUUUGUGGGGGCAGCUUAAUCAGCAGUCAGUGGGUACUCACUGCAGCACACUGCCUUGAUACCAUUGCCCCUCAUCAAGUUACUGUUGGAGACUAUGACAAGCACCAGAGAGAACAGGAUGAACAAAAGGUUAGAGUGCAUCAGUUCUGGCAGCAUCCCCAAUAUGACCCAGUCAACUUCAACAAUGACAUUGCUUUGAUUCAGCUGACCAGCAAUGUUGUUUUCAGCCAGCAUGUACUCUCCAUUUGUCUUCCCAGCCCUAACCUGGCUACUUUACUGACGGAAAAAGGCACGGUAGGAAUAGUGAGUGGAUGGGGCAGUACUCAUAUGAAGGGGCGGUCAACCCGCUUUCUCCUGAAAGUCAAGUUGCCUGUGGUGAGCAUGGAUACUUGCAGACAAUCCACAGAAAAACUCAUUACAGACAACAUGUUCUGUGCAGGUUAUCCUGACGCAGCUCACGAUUCUUGUAAAGGCGACAGUGGAGGACCCUUCGCUGUACUUUAUCGCAAUACUUGGUUUCUCCUGGGAGUUGUCAGCUGGGGAGAAGGUUGUGCAACCGCAGGAAAAUAUGGGGCUUACACCCGUGUGUCCAACUACAUUUCGUGGAUAAAAGAAAUCACUGAAAGUGUGACUGAUUCGGAAGGAUUUUUACGUGGGUUGAUAUGA